AUGGCGUCUCCUGCACCAAAAGCGUCACGCGAAGAUACGACACCCUUCUUACUACAGCUCUUCUAUCGUACCGGAGCUCUCCACAGGCCCGACGAGUUUGAGUCGCAAAGUCUCCCUCCACAUAUAUACGUGCAUACGUGGUCGGAUUGUACCUUGAAAGAAUUGGCAUUGGAUCUUGCCGCUACCAAGCCUUCGGCCUUCCCGUCACCUUCAGCAGGAUGCCGUUUGGUAUUUCAACUAGUGUUUCCGGAUCUCCGCAACACCGAUGCAGUCGCAAACUCACCUCCUCGAUUUGGAGUCAAGGAUCUCGGCAGUGUUGUAAUAGGUGAUGACUCCAGGUCAGAUACAUUGGAGAACACAUCCCUGGACGCAACAGCGAAAGAUACUGACGACAAACACAAAACACUCAGCAGUGCGCGGUUCGUAGUCGGUGAUUACAUCACGUGUGCGAUACUGCCACCGCUUCCAGAUGGCUCAGUUGCACCCGCCUCAAGCGUGCGAAGGGAGCAGACUUCGAGUGGACAUGAGAGAGGAAAAGACAGUCUCGGUCGCGGAGGCUUUAAGGGAAGUCGAAGCGGUUGGAGAGAUGAAGUUGGGGGCGAUUUUCCUAUGGGCGAAUGGAGAAGAGGCGAAAGUUUACCCUAUGCCCCUGGCGGACGAUCGAAAGGCAAAGGAAGGUGGUAG